AUGGCAGAAAACAUACUCGGUCUGCUGCUCGUCACCUCGUCAUCGCGGGGCAGAGCAGUCUUCCGAUACCCUCCUGAUCCAGCUUCUCCCAACAUCCGACUUGCCCAACCUAUCUAUCCCUCGGCUACAUUCACCGCAACAGAUUUCGACGUCGACUAUAAGAACCCUCACAUAGGCGCAAACAACGCCCUCCGACGUAGAUUGUUUGGUGGUGCAGAGAUUAAUACCAAAACUUCAUCGGCUGGUUCGAUAACUUCCAGAAACAGAAACAAUCGUCGGAAUCAGAAGAACAAAAUACAUCCUAUGUACUAUGAAGCUACUAAGCAAGUCAACGAUUCCGACAACUCCGAUGAGGAUGAUGAGGAUGGUGAUGGUGAUGGGACUAGUUCAGAUGAGGAUAGUGAUUAUGAUGUGGUUUGGACUAAUCAGAACCAACGUGAAGAUAAUAACACGAACACGAUCAACGGUAACAGCCUCAGUAAAGAUCAUUCGGCAUUGAGAUCAAUAGAUAGUAGUAUGAUGAUGGAUGAUUCAAGAAGAAAUUCAGGAAGUACUACCAAUGCUACUAUCACCGACACCACCAACAACAAUAGCGAUAACAAGAGUAAAGGAGAGAAGGAAAGAGAGAAGAUUGAUUCUCAAUACAACUAUGCUUUAGGGUAUCAUUUAGAUUUUUUGAGUGAUAUGUUGACUCCUCCCAGAGCAGCAUGUAAUAGGAAAUUUGAAAUCUGCGUUGGGUCAGUAGUAUUCUUAGGUCAUCCGGUUUGUUCCAACGCAGAUGGAAAAUGGGAGAUACCCAACGAUGAGGAUUUAGAUGAAGUCGAUCCAGAUCAGGAUGAUAGACCUUCUAGAGGAAGAAGAACAAGAGAACAGCAGUUGAUUUCCUCAUCUAAAGCUUCAAGUUUAGGUCCACUGGUAGAAAACAACAAAGAAAACUCUUCUCAAUCUUCUCCAGAAAUACCUGCUCCUGCUUCUACAACCAGCACCGAAAAGGAAAAAGAUGAUACGCCCAACCUGAACAUGUUUCAUCUAGUGUUGAUUAUUGAUAAACCUGAUCCUAAGCCUGGUACGGAAGCUCACGACGAGCAUCAUCAUCAGACGUUGGGGAUGUACGAUGAGAUAUACAGGGAGAUAGCGUUCAAAUGGACUGCGGCAGCUUGGAAGUUGCAGUGCGAGAGCAACUUCAUAGGAAAACAAACUUGGACGAUGGCGAAAUAUAAGGAGAAAUGUCUGUCAGAGGGCGUUGACGUGACGGACUGCUGUAGAUGGAUGUAUGCCAACAUGCCUCUCGAUCGUAAUCUCAACUCCCUUUUCUUGAGACUACAUCAAUUGAAGACUCAACCUGCCAAUCCACUACAUUCGUAUUUACCUACAACCAUCACCACUCAUCUAGCAGAUAUGACAAUCAACACCGUUCUCUCGCCCAAGGUGGUUGAUGCAGACGAGGCAUGGGCUCAUUGGGGCGAGAUGGACGAGUAUUCCGAGUCGGAAGGAUCAGAUAGCGAUGAUGAAGAUUGGGAUGACCCAACCACACCUAUCAGAAGACCUGAACUUCGGGUCGAACCUUGGCAAACUCUCUUGCUCAUCGAUGAUGACGCGACUGAAAGAGCGAGCGAGAUCAGUACGGCUAUCAUUGGCUUGGGUGUAGGUAUGGAAGGUCAGAAUCCGAGUAUACCUGGAGAUAGAAGGGGCUCGAAAGGUACGAUUGCAACUACGCAGGAUCAGGAGGAUGAACAGCAGUUGAUGAAAUCGCUCAUUGAGGCUUGCGAUGUCACGAAACCACUCGUCGAUAUCGCUCAUCUAUUACGUUUCGACCUGGAAGCGAUAGUCAUCCCGCUUGCUAGAGAGUUAGUCGAGAACAAAAAGGCCAUACUGGUGGAUGUGAUCAACACCAGACUGAGGACUAUCGUCAUGCCUACGACAGUAGAUGAACAUACAGUGUCGAUUGAACAAUAUACCGCUCGCUUCUCACGUGAAUUCCCAACCUUACCACCAUUCACAGCAUUCAUCUCCCAAAUAUCCUCAUCCCCUACACCAUUCCGUGAUCUCCUACCUUCAGAUCCCGAUAUGUCCACCCGUCGAUUAUACAUGUCCGCAUUGAUAUGGCUACUGAAGCAAGACCUGGUUGUCCAAGUGCACACUCGUGCAAGAGUAUACGCAAGGAAAGAAGUGAAAAUUGAAGCUUGGAAGAGAUUAUGGAAGAGACGUAGAGAGAAAUGGUUAAACCUUCAAAAGGAAAAGGAAAAAGAGCGGGAUCUUGCAGCAGUAAAUAAUUCACCAACCAUCCAAGUUAUUGAAGAUUCCGAAGAGAUGAUUACACCUAGAGCUAGUAUUCAUCCUACUUCCAACCCUCUCGAUUCCAUUACUGUCCCAUCACCUAAAAAGCCCAGUAGGAUGGAACAAUCGUAUAUGGAUUACGAUCCAGCAUUGGAAAUGGACAGCGAUGAAGAUAUAGAGAAUCAAUCUCACCAUGCGGAAUUUCAGAACUUCAAGGUUGAUGUGGAAGAACCUUCCAAAGCUGAGAUACCGAAAUUCGAAAGUAGUUUCAUAUUUAGACCUUCCCGUGCGCAGAAAGAGGAAGCUAGGUGGUUGAGAGUGAUUAGAGAAGGGAACGAUGAAGUGACAGCUAGUAAAUUUGAUUUAGUUGUACAAUAUCUAGAUGGGAUGACAACCUUCGAAGAGAUAAGUUAUAGGACGGGUUUACCUAAGAGGGAAUUGGAGAAAUUGAUGAUCCUGUAUAAAGAAGAUAUAAUCGCGUUUGUUCAUCCAUGA